AUGAAGAUUACUUCCCCUCUGAUAACUAAUGCGAGAUUCAGGUGCACUGUCAGGCUUCUUCUGCUACUAUUACUAUGUGUUGGAUAUUCUCGCGGGAUGCCACACGUUUUAAGAUUUGGAGGGAUAUUUGAAUCCAUUGAAACAGGCCCAUCAGGUGCUGAGGAACUAGCCUUUAAGUUUGCUUUAAAUACAAUCAACAGAAACAGAACACUACUGCCAAACACAACUCUAACAUAUGACAUACAGAGGAUAAAUAUCCACGACAGUUUUGAAGCCUCCAGGAAAGCCUGUGACCAGCUCUCUCUGGGAGUGGCUGCUAUUUUUGGCCCCUCCCACAGCUCCUCUGCCAACGCAGUCCAGUCCAUUUGCAAUGCUCUGGGGGUUCCUCACAUCCAGACCAAGUGGAAGCACCAGGUGUCUGAUAACCGAGACUCCUUCUAUGUCAGCCUGUACCCAGACUUCUCCUCCCUCAGUCGGGCCAUCCUUGACCUGGUGCACUUCUUCAAGUGGAAGACAGUCACGGUGGUCUAUGACGACAGUACAGGACUUAUACGGUUACAGGAGCUGAUAAAGGCCCCCUCUCGUUACAACAUCCGCUUAAAGAUCCGCCAGUUGCCGGCGGAAACGAAAGAUGCCAAGCCGCUACUUAAAGAGAUGAAACGUGGAAAAGAGUUCCAUGUGAUCUUUGACUGUGGCCAUGAGAUGGCUGCAGGCAUUCUCAAACAGGCUCUUGCCAUGGGAAUGAUGACGGAGUACUAUCACUAUAUUUUUACCACUCUUGAUCUCUUUGCCCUAGACGUGGAGCCCUACCGGUACAGCGGAGUUAACAUGACGGGCUUUCGCAUUCUGAACACAGAGAACAGUCAGGUGGCAUCAAUCAUUGAGAAAUGGUCCAUGGAGCGUCUACAAGCACCACCUAAGCCUGACUCUGGUUUACUGGAUGGCUUUAUGACGACGGAUGCUGCCCUGAUGUAUGAUGCAGUGCAUGUGGUGGCAGUGGCUGUGCAGCAGUCCCCUCAGAUCACCGUCAGCUCCCUCCAGUGCAACCGCCACAAACCCUGGCGUUUCGGCAACCGCUUCAUGACUCUCAUCAAAGAGGCCCACUGGGAUGGCCUGACCGGGCGGAUAAAUUUCAACAGAACUAACGGCCUGAGGACAGAUUUCGAUCUGGAUGUGAUUAGUCUGAAGGAGGAAGGACUGGAGAAGAUUGGGACAUGGGAUCCUGCCAGUGGUCUGAACAUGACUGAAAACCAAAAAGGAAAGACAGCAAACGUCACAGACUCUCUGUCUAACAGGUCCCUGGUUGUCUCCACAAUACUGGAGGAGCCUUAUGUCAUGUUCAAGAAGUCCGACAAGCCGCUGUAUGGAAACGACCGCUUCGAGGGCUACUGUAUCGACCUACUCCGCGAAUUGGCCAGUAUCCUGGGCUUCACCUACGAAGUACGGCUGGUGGAGGACGGGAAGUACGGUGCACAGGAGGAGUCUUCGGGCCAGUGGAAUGGGAUGGUCAGAGAGCUGAUGGACCACAAAGCUGACCUUGCAGUUGCUCCUCUGGCCAUCACAUACGUGAGGGAGAAGGUCAUCGACUUUUCCAAGCCUUUCAUGACACUGGGGAUAAGUAUUCUGUACCGAAAGCCCAACGGCACCAACCCGGGCGUCUUCUCCUUCCUCAACCCCCUCUCGCCUGAUAUCUGGAUGUAUAUUCUGCUGGCUUACUUGGGUGUCAGUUGUGUGCUGUUUGUCAUAGCCAGGUUUAGCCCCUACGAAUGGUAUAACCCCCACCCCUGCAACCCUGACUCGGAUGUAGUGGAAAACAAUUUCACCCUGCUAAAUAGUUUCUGGUUCGGAGUUGGAGCUCUCAUGCAGCAAGGCUCAGAGCUCAUGCCCAAAGCACUUUCUACCAGGAUAGUUGGAGGCAUCUGGUGGUUCUUCACCCUCAUCAUCAUCUCCUCCUACACAGCCAACUUGGCAGCCUUCCUCACUGUAGAGAGGAUGGAAUCCCCCAUUGACUCAGCAGAUGAUCUUGCUAAGCAAACCAAGAUUGAGUACGGCGUGGUCGAGGAUGGUGCCACCAUGACCUUCUUCAAGAAAACAAAGAUCUCCACUUAUGAUAAGAUGUGGGAGUUCAUGAGCAGUCGCAGACACUCUGUCAUGGUCAAGAAUCAGGAGGAGGGGAUCCAUCGCGUGCUGACCUCAGACUACGCCUUCCUCAUGGAGUCUACCACCAUUGAGUAUGUCACCCAGCGCAACUGCAACCUCACGCAAAUCGGUGGCCUUAUUGACUCCAAGGCCUAUGGAGUGGGAACUCCUAUGGGUUCUCCGUACCGUGAUAAAAUCACCAUUGCUAUACUGCAGCUGCAGGAAGAAGGCAAGCUGCAUAUGAUGAAGGAGAAAUGGUGGAGGGGUAAUGGCUGCCCAGAGGAGGAGAGUAAAGAGGCCAGUGCCCUGGGGGUGCAGAACAUUGGGGGAAUCUUCAUUGUCCUGGCAGCCGGACUUGUCCUCUCUGUCUUUGUGGCAGUGGGAGAGUUUCUGUACAAGUCCAAACAAAACGCACAACUCGAGAAGAGAUCUUUCUGCAGUGCCAUGGUUGAUGAACUGCGAGUGUCUCUCAAGUGCCAGCGCAGACUGAAACACAAGCCUCAACCGCCCGUAAUGGUCAAAACAGAGGAGGUCAUUAACAUGCACACCUUCAAUGACCGGAGACUACCAGGCAAGGAGACAAUGGCCUGA